GCCAGGCUCCACGUCAAAUCCAGUUUAGCGCACAAACCUGAGAACCAGGCAGGAGGCGGUGGGCUCACAGGAACGUUCCACACCCAGUGGCCAUGGGUGGCAACAGUGGGCAGGCUGACCUCCACACCUAUAAAUCACUAGCUGAGGUCAGCCCCUUGGGCUCUGUAGAGCCACCCAAAAGACCCAGGAGCAGACUGAUCAUGCACAGCAUGGCCAUGUUCGGCCGGGAGUUCUGCUAUGCGGUGGAGGCAGCUUAUGUGACCCCAGUCCUGCUCAGUGUGGGUCUGCCCAAGAGUCUAUACAGCAUGGUGUGGCUCCUCAGCCCCAUCCUGGGCUUCGUGCUACAACCCGUGGUUGGAUCAGCCAGUGACCACUGCCGGUCUAGGUGGGGCCGCCGGAGACCCUAUAUCCUCACCCUGGGCCUCAUGAUGCUCUUGGGCUUGGCUCUCUACCUCAACGGGGACGCUGUUGUAUCAGCUUUGAUUGCUAACCCAAGGAGGAAGCUGGUUUGGGCCAUAAGCGUCACCAUGAUAGGUGUGGUUCUCUUUGAUUUUGCUGCUGACUUCAUUGAUGGGCCCAUCAAAGCCUACUUAUUUGAUGUCUGCUCCCAUCGAGACAAAGAGAGGGGCCUCCACUACCAUGCCUUCUUUACAGGUUUUGGAGGUGCCCUGGGUUACACUUUGGGUGCCAUAGACUGGGCCCAUCUGGAACUGGGAAGAGUGCUGGGCACAGAAUUCCAGGUCAUGUUCUUCUUCUCUUCCUUGAUGCUCACUUUGUGUUUUACUAUUCAUCUGUGCAGUAUCCCCGAAGCCCCACUUAAGGACAUUCCCCCACAGCAAGCCCCCCAGGACCUUCUAUUGUCAGAUGGAAUGUAUGAGUAUGGUUCUAUCAAGAAAGUUAAAAAUGGUUUUGUAAAUCCAGAGCUGGCAAUGCAGGGAGAAAAACCCAAAAAUCCUGCUGAACAGACCCGUAGGGCGAUGACCCUGAAGUCACUGCUGAGGGCACUGGUGAGCAUGCCUCCCCACUACCGCUACCUUUGCAUCAGCCACCUCAUUGGAUGGACCGCCUUCCUGUCCACCAUGCUCUUCUUCACAGAUUUUAUGGGCCAGAUUGUGUACCAUGGGGAUCCUUACGGCGCACACAACUCCACCGAGUUCCUCACAUACGAACGAGGGGUUGAGGUUGGAUGCUGGGGCUUGUGCAUCAACGCCAUGUUCUCCUCAUUUUAUUCUUACUUACAGAAAGCACUGGGAUCCUACAUUGGGUUAAAGGGUCUUUACUUCAUGGGAUAUUUGCUGUUUGGCCUGGGGACAGGAUUUAUCGGGCUCUUCCCGAAUGUCUACUCUACCCUGGUCCUGUGCUCCCUGUUUGGUGUAAUGUCCAGCACCCUGUACACCGUGCCCUUUAACCUCGUUGCUGAGUACCACCGCGAGGAGGAGGAGGAGAGGCAGCAGGUUCCCGGAGGGGGCCCAGACAGCAGCGGGAGAGGGAAGGGCGUGGACUGUGCCGCCCUCACCUGCAUGGUGCAGCUGGCUCAGAUCCUGGUCGGAGGUGGCCUGGGCUUGCUGGUCAACAUGGCUGGGAGCGUCGUCGUUGUGGUGAUCACAGCCUCCACAGUGGCACUGAUCGGCUGUUGCUUUGUGGCUCUCUUUGUUAGAUACGUGGAUUAGGUCAAUAAAGAGACAUUGACCCUAACUUCAGA